CAAAGAUAACAAUACGAUUAAACUUUUUCCAAAUAUCGGUUUGGAGGAGCGGAGAAAAUAUCAUUGAAAAUGGCACGAUUGGUGCGAAACGAACAAGCAAAGUAUCUAGGUUUCUUACUUCAACAACCUGAUGAAGUGCUGAUCGAGUUCUGCAAGUUCGCCAUAGAAUAUAUAGGCUCUGGAAUACAUGAGAAAAAAUGUACCGUCGCUGCGAAAAAACUCGCGACCACGUACGAAACCGUCCGUAGCGCACUGGAAGCACUGGUCGCACUGCUCAUUGACAGUACGAAACUCGCCCUAACGGAACAUGAAUUUUCCAACGCUGUACGAUCGCUCGAAGGCAUUAGCGAAAAACAGCGAGAAAUCCUGUGGCAGUUUGUGAUCAGCAAACGGAACCUGGUUGAUAAUAUAAUGCGUGCAUCGUGCCAGGAUGAGCUCUACUUUCGUGAUCUGGAGUGGCGUCUUGAGGGCCGCAUAGCUUCCCGUGCGCAACGAAACCAGGCCACACCGGUUAUAAAAAUGAAGUUUCAUCUCGAUACCGAGUGCGUAAGCGAGUAUCGUGAAAAGCUUUCUCUUUCCUCACGGGAAGGUGCCAACAUAGAGGAUGCAGAAAAACACGUUACUCGACGGGAGGUAUUGGCCGAAACGGACCCGACAAUGCUGCAAUACAUGAUACAAGUGCUGGAAAAAGCACUACUGGAAGCACGUACGCGCCGUGUGCGGAAUUAUGUAAAACCUAUGGCUAGUUAAAUGCCCAAUUACAGGCGCUCCCAAAACAUUGG